AUGGCUGCUAUCACUCAGACAUAUCCUCAGCAAACCUCGACAGCCACUAUGCUGCAGACGCGUCCUGUCUCUGCCACCGCGAUGCUACCUGCCAAUCAGAACCGUCAGGGCAACCAGUACGGGCACACGUCCCGAGCGUCAUCGUAUGGUAACGCCCCUACUGGUUACCGAGGAAGCACUGGCGCCGGCCAACCUCGAAGCUUUAAUCAGCUCAACCACAACAUGCAAUGGCAACAGUAUGCCGCCUACCGUGCCCACUCAGCAUCCGCGGUUCCCACCACACAUUCAUACGACUCAACUGGCUACCGAGGUCAUUCCAGCACCGGCUCAGGCUACAACUUCAAUCUCACAGCGCCCAACGUCACGCGAGACGAUUCUGCCAUAGCACGAAACCUUUCUGCCCAACAGUCACCAUAUUAUAAUGCUACGGCCAACGGCAAGAACGCCCCGGACAGGUACCGCAGAGCAACUCCCCAGCCGCUUCAGCACAACCGCUCCCAGAGCACCAACCUGCCUGCUGCCACUAGCAUGUACCAGCUACAAAACGGUUCAUUGUCGGUGCCUAACUUGUCCAACGGCAUGAACGGUGCCGCUCCGCAUUCCGCGGGAGAGCUGUAUAACCGCGCUGCUCAGGAUGAGGCCACCAGAAUGCGUCGACGGAGCAUCCACACUUUGGACACGCAGGGACCUCUGCCCCCUGUCGUACGACCAUCAUCCGCUGGUCGACCGUCUUCGGCGGGGCGACGUACAGACCAAAGCGGCAAUCCUACUUCGCUCGCACCUGCUGCUGUCGCGCACACGCGCAAAGGAAGCUCCGACAGUGUCUCCUCCAUCCGAAGCAGCAGCUCACGACCGUCCUCGGAUGUCAUGCAGGCUAACCGCACCACGCCUCCCCCCACUGGCAACCCCUCUUUCCCUGUAGACAAUAUCACCAAGACUGAGCAGGCUAAGCAGCUCAACGUUCCUCCCCGCGUAGCCUCUGGCGACGCCGUCAAGCGCACACACAGCCCCUCACCGUUGUCCAACCCCGCUACAAUGCCUACUGAGCCCGCCGAGCCUCAUGCAGCUACCGCGUCUGGCCCCGCCGGCCCUAAGGUCGAGAGUCCGGCUGCAAAGCAUCUGGCGGCUAUCAACCAAAAGGGCACCAAGUCUAAGAGCAAGACAUCGAGACUUCGUCGCGCGUUUUCCUUUGGCAGUGCCGCCGAGCUUCGCCGGGUUGCCGAAGAUGAGCCCUAUGUUACCCCGACAUCGCCAACAAAGCUUCACAAGGAUCCCUCUCCUGAGCAGGCCUACGAUGCGGAGCAGGCUCGCAUUGCAGAAGCCCAGGAGGCUGGUGGACUUGGAAACAGCAUCUACGGCUCGCGUUUCUUCGGGUCUACUGACAACUUGUCCAUCUCCUCGACUGCCUCGUCGGCUUCCAUCAUGAUCCGCAAGAUGGGCCGUGGCAUGAAAAAGAGCACUCGUUCCCUCGUCGGCCUGUUUCGUCCCAAGUCUGUUGUCGGUGUUCCAGCCGCUGAGGCAGCCGUACCUGAGAUCAGCCAAGCAGCCGUAUCCAUGAUUACUGUGGAGGCGGAGACGCAGCGUGUCAAUGUUACGGCGGAUCCUGCUGCCACCAAUGGCAUCACUGGAUUCCCUCAUCUGGAACGAAACUCGAUUGACGCUGCCCAUGUUCCGGAGAUGGCGCCCGAGCAAGUGACAGGCACCGGCAAUGAUCAGCAGCAAGGACCAAGACGCAGCAUUGUUGGUGGCGAUAGGGAGCGUGCUGAAGUGUUGGCUGCCGUGCGUAAGGGCAUUCUCAAGCGACCUGGCUCUUCCAGCCCAUCGACCAGACCCAAUGAGAUGGCGUCGCCGGAACUCAUCCUGCCGAGUGUGCCUGCUAUCAGUGACUCGCCGAAUUCUAGUGCACCGAGCACGCCCAAUGAUGAGCUCCAGGGUCAUAGAAGGACUGGGUCUAUUGCCCUUGGCAACGAGGACUACUUCAUGAACGCCCUGCGCAUGCGUUCGGAUAGCAAGAGUGCUCCUGGGACCCCGUCUGCGGGGAAACGAUGUGCCACAUUUUCCCCUCGCAUCAUCUUCCACGACACUUGGCCUCCACAGGAGUACGACCGUCGCGGCGAGAUUGCUACGUGCAACCGUCUCACGCCCAUGUUGGCUCAACAAAUCAAGGAGGAACUGAAUAACUUCAAAAUGGAGAUGGAAGUGCACGAAAACUCCAAAAUUUACACUCAUUUCUUCUAA